AUGUCAUCCCAAGCUACGCUCUCGGCUCACGAACGAUUCUCGCUCAUCACGCGUGAUCUGGACGAAGUUCUUGGCGCGGACAUCAUCAAAUCCAUCCUUGAAAAAGAUGAACGACCGCUCUCCGCCUACUGGGGUACAGCGCCGACCGGUCGUCCUCACGUAGGCUACCUCGUACCGCUCACCAAAAUUGCCGACUUUCUGCGGGCCGGUGUCCAAGUCAAGAUCUUGCUCGCCGACAUCCAUGCGUUCUUGGACAACCUCAAAGCGCCUAUCGAACUGGUGCGUCAUCGAGUGAAUUACUAUCGACACGUUCUCACCGCUGUGUUCAAAGCGAUCGGUGUUCCUACCGACCGACUGGUAUUUGUGGUCGGAAGCAGCUACCAGCUGACCGAGGCGUACAACAUGGACAACUACCGACUGUGUGCGUCCGUGACCGAGCACGAUGCCAAGAAGGCGGGUGCCGAAGUGGUAAAGCAGGUAGCUAGUCCUUUGCUCUCCGGUCUGCUCUACCCGGGUCUACAAGCGUUGGACGAACAGUACCUCGACGUAGACAUGCAGUUUGGCGGUGUCGAUCAGCGAAAGAUCUUCACGUUCGCCGAACAGUACUUGCCCAAACUGGGGUACAAGAAGCGGGCACAUCUCAUGAACGCCAUGGUCCCGGGAUUGAAGGGCAGCAAAAUGAGCAGUUCCGACAACUCGUCCAAGAUCGACUUUCUCGACACACCCAAGCAAGUCUCCAAGAAGAUUGCCGAUGCAGUGUGCGCGCCGGGAGAGGUGGACGGUAAUGGAGUCUUGGGAUUCGUCCGCGCCGUGCUCUUCCCGAUCGCUAGAUUGAGGCUCGAGUCCGAAUCCAUGGGUACACCCGUCGACGAAUCGCAAGGUGCCUCGAAAAGCUUUGUGCCACCCGAUGCUCCACAAGGAACCAUGUUCAGCAUCGUCCGACCGGACAAGUACGGCGGUUCACUCCACUACACCGAGUACGCAAACUUGGAAGCCGACUAUGCCAGCGGCACCGUCCACCCGGCCGACCUGAAGAAGGCGGUCGCCGACGCGAUCACUACGCUGCUCGAACCAGUACAGAAGCUCUUUGACACGGACGCCGAAUUCAAACAGGCCAAAGAGGACGCUUAUCCCGAAGACACACCGGUGGCCAAGAAGAAGAAGGACAAGAAAAUCAACCCGAGAUUCGCGCAUCUCUACACCAAGGAGGAGGGCGGAACCGCAGAGACCAAGGAGGAGGCCUUGGCCAAUCAGAAACACGAAGAAGAGAUCAAGGCCGCUGCCAAGGCCAGCAAGCACCACCAGAAACAGGACCAAGUCGUGUUGCCAGCGCACAAGCCCGACGCUAAUGCGCCACCCACGGAUAACGAAAACGACUCGUUUGUCCACGCUACCCGUGCUGGGCUGGACAAUGUCGAUCUGAACAAGCAAUAA